AUGCUGUUGAGAUGCAAAUUUGACACCGUCAAUGAUGUUGUAGCAAAAGUGCUCAUCGAGGUUGCUGAUGAGAAUGACAAUGCGCCGCUGUUCGAAUCAAGCGUUUAUCGUCUGAAGGUGGUCGAGGAUGAAGCAGUUGGAUACGAACUGAUUAAGGUGAAUGCAAUCGGCGGUGAUCGCGAUGAGAGUGUGCAGUAUCAACUGGAUGCUCCGGAUGGCCUGGACAAAUACUUUAUGCUCGAUUCAGAAACCGGGUCACUAAAAUUGGCUCAGCCACUUGACUACGAACUGGCUCAGCAUCUAACCGUUUCAAUAAUAGCCACCGACUCGGGAUCGCCACCUCUAAGCUCCAGAUGCUCAGUGGAAAUUGAAAUUCUUGAUGUCAACGAUAAUGCGCCACACUUUACUCAGUCCAUCUACAAAGCCACAAUCCCUGAGAAUUCGACCGUUGGUACCAAAGUUGUACAGGUGAUUCUUCGUUCAUGUGCCGAAUGUGCGUCAUUAUUUAGUGAUUGGGUAUUGAGGAUGAAAAUUAGUUAUUCAUUAGAGUUUUUCCAAAUGUAA